AUGAGCGGAUGUGCUAGAAGAAAGGUAUCCACUGAUCCAACCAAGUCCUUUAUUUGUGACUUACCAACUGAGAUACUACAUGGAAUACUAGAGAUUAUGCCCAUCAAAUAUGCUGCAAGAACCGGCACCUUAUCAAAGCAAUGGAGGCAGGUAUGGUCCACACAGCCACACCUUGUGUUUGAUCCCUUGUUUUUUCAGUAUGUAUAUAAUAAAGGGGCUUCUGCUGCAAGCGUAAUUCAUAAAAUUCUCACGCAACAUAUUGGAAAUAUUCUGGGCUUCCAUCUUAUCUCCAAGACAGACACUUUAUCACAGUCAGAUGUGGAUCAAUUCAUCAACUUUGUCUCAGAUCAUGGUAUCCAGAAGCUCACUCUUGAUAUGGCCAAUGAUGAAAAAUAUGCAUUGCCCGAUAGCAUAUUUACUUGUGCAACGUUGACACAUUUGAAGCUAUGGAGGUGUAUCUUUAAGUUGCCUGAUGGUACCCAAUUCCCCAAUCUUGUUAGCCUUCAAUUAGAACAUUCUGCAAUUGACAGUCCUGUAGGAUCAAAAAACACUACUCUUAUUCUGCCAAUGCUUGAGACUCUGGAGUUGAAAUUUUGUGUUGAUGUUGAUUCUGUUGAUAUGGUUUCUCCAAAGCUUGUGAACUUGUCUAUCCUUAGCAGCUAUACAGUUACAUUUGAGUGUUUUAAUGUGAACCCAAUCUUUGAAAGGAUUAAGCACCUCUGCUUGGAUGGCUCAUCCCUGAAGGUGGCAAAAUUGCUGACUCACUUUCUUUUUUAUUUGCAGUAUUUUAAUUUGCAGCACAAAAUUUCUGUUAAACGUAUUACCUGUGCACUUUGCAUAUUGCGGAAUUCUCCUAACCUUAUUGAACUUGACAUAGAUAAAGUUGUGAAGGAGGAACUGUUUGAUUACUUGUCGAAAGCAAAAAACGAAGUGAGAGAAGCUUUGAGGAUGAUUCGAACAGUUAGGUUAAGGAAAUUCAAAGGGAAAACUACUGAAAUGUACUUGAUAGAAGCCAUGCUUGCUCAUUCUCCAAAACUUGAGAGGAUGAUUGUUGAACAGUGCAAGAAAACUAAUGCCACAAACGACAAUCAACACUUGAAGGAACUCGGAAGCUAUCAUCGAGCAUCACCAAAUGCAGAAAUCAAGUACACUUAA